UUUAUUUCGCUCCGAGUUGGCAACGAGUGAGCAACACGACGACGACCUACUUAGAAACGACGAAUAUAUUAAACGCAUUUUCCUAUCAACUCUUUUUUAAACAAAUUGCACAGUUCUUUUUCUAAUCGUACAUAUAGAUAUACAUAAGUCGUUAUAUACGCAGCCCGAUAGAAAUGGCAUUUUUGAAUAAGCUCGCCGCCCCCGCCCUACGCCAAUUGGCUAGCCGAUCAUAUGCCGGCGUCUCGCCUGUCUCGUCAACAGGCACCUCCUUUGCCCUCACCGAGGAGCAGCAGCAGUUUCAGGAGAUAGCCCGAAAAUUCACACGUGAGGAAAUUAUUCCAGUCGCCGCCCAACAUGAUAAAACCGGCGAGUAUCCCUGGGAUAUUGUGAAGAAGGCGUGGUCGUUGGGUUUAAUGAACAAUCAUAUACCCCAGGAAAUUGGUGGUCUCGAGCUGGAUGUGUUCACCAGCUGCCUGACUGCAGAGGAGCUCGCAUAUGGCUGUACGGGUAUUAUGACAGCCCUGGAGGCUAGCAGCUUAGGCCAAACUCCCGUCAUCUUGUCGGGCAACAAGGAACAGAAGAAAAAGUACUUAGGGCGCCUGCUAGAAGAGCCGCUGGUCGCUGCCUACGGUGUCACAGAGCCGGGCGCCGGCUCCGAUGUAGCGGGUAUUAAAACGCGCGCCGAAAAGAAAGGUGACGAGUACAUUAUCAACGGCCAGAAAAUGUGGAUCACCAACGGUGGCGUAGCCAACUGGUACUUUGUGCUAGCCCGCACCAAUCCCGAUCCAAAGUGCCCGCCCAGCAAGGCCUUCACCGGCUUCAUCGUCGAGCGUGAUACGCCCGGUUUGACGCCCGGCCGUAAAGAAAUCAACAUGGGACAACGCGCUUCCGACACGCGUGGCAUCACCUUCGAGGAUGUGCGCGUCCCCAAGGAAAAUGUGCUAAUUGGCGAGGGUGCUGGUUUCAAAAUUGCCAUGGGCACCUUCGACAAGACCCGCCCACCAGUUGCCGCAGGCGCCGUUGGUCUCGCCCAGCGUUGUCUCGACGAAGCGCUCAAAUACGCACUGGAACGUAAAACUUUCGGCGUGCCCAUUGCCUACCACCAGGCUGUGCAAUUCAUGCUGGCUGAUAUGGCCAUUGGUGUGGAGACAAGUCGACUGGCGUGGCGGUUGUCGGCGUGGGAGAUCGAUCAGGGACGCCGCAACAGCUAUUAUGCGUCCAUUGCCAAGUGCCAUGCGGCCGAUGUGGCAAAUAAGAUUGCAUCCGAUGCGGUGCAAAUCUUUGGCGGCAAUGGCUUCAAUAGUGAAUAUCCCGUUGAGAAACUGAUGCGCGACGCUAAGAUCUAUCAGAUCUAUGAGGGAACUUCUCAAAUUCAACGUCUUAUCAUCUCCAGAAACAUGUUCGAGCAGGCCAAGAGCAGCGCUGCCUAAAUAAGUCACACUUAGUAGAAUCUGUAGUGAAUUGUGAAAAGUCAACGAGUGCUCAUCCUCAUCAUAGACCUCAAGUAUGAAGAAAACGUGAAGUUAAAUUCAUUAAAUAAAGUAUCUUUAAGUUAA